AGAAUGGAUCGGGAAGACGUGAAGGAAGAAAUUGUUUCAUUUUUACCGGGCCUCUCUCUUGAAACCCUGACUUCCCUGCAGGGAGUGUUGGAAGAGAUUGGCGUGGAGAGCAGAGCAGACCUUGCCUUUGUAGAAGCGAAGGAUCUGGAGAAGUACCUCAGUAAAAUCCAGUGUCGCAGACUGCUGAACGGCAUUAAGAAUAAAGGUCUUCCACCAGUUGAAGUAGAAGAUCCUGUUGCUGUCGAAUCUCCACCCCUCACAAGUACUCCCUCGUCAAGUUCCGAAAGAACUUCCGAAAGAAACUCUUCCUUUUCAUCACCCACCUUGCCUGGCAGGCCAUGGUAUACUGACUUCCGGGUCCGAUGGGUAGAGAUGCCAGCAGCUAUUGGCAAAGCGACGGCAGAUGCAAAAAGACCAUCACCAGGGGACAGAAGAGACAUGAUAAAGACAGUGGUGGACCAAAUGUUAGUGCAUGAGCAAAACCCAACAAGAGCAACAUGCCACACGAUCGCCCGGAUGAUUGUGAGAGACUGGCCAAAAAGCUUUGCCGAUGUCGGACAAAAGGGAGAUAUGCUGGGAGACGGCUGCUACUCCCUUUUGCAACAAAUAAAAACAAGAGUUGAAUACAAAAAUAGGAAGCAAACUCUUCAAACUCGGCGACGCAGGCAGCGCAGGCCCUCCAAUGUGGCGGCAGAGGGGGCAAUCGCAAUGGCCAGAGGCCCAGUAGACCAGUACGGUUGUGUACGGUGGUGUCCGGAAGAACUUCCUGCUGGAGAGACGGAGGCAACCUUGGAAGAAAAACAACAACUACUGAACAUCUACGCAGAGGGAGGGAUGGGAGGGGCAGAAACGGCUGAACAUCUGAUGGAGAAGACCUACAUCACCCAGCGCCAGUUCAUAAACGGGGUGCCUGCACCAGCCAUCCAUGAGAUAAAGGAGGAUUGGCCAUUCCUAUUCUCGCAGAGAGGCCUUUUCUCCCACUUCAGUCUGCUGACGGAUGUCUCAAUACAAACCAAGUAUGAAGAGGCUAUGAACAGCAAGGGCAGUACCAUCAUUCGCUUUGGCAGCAGCUCAACCGCAGGGAUCGGGGACGUCCUCGCUAAAUACGAGCCAGAGGCGUCAGACAAGGCUGCAUGUGUCCUUCUGCUACUGAUGGCAUAUUUCAAAGAACCGAAGAAUGCCAUCAUGCUUGAGGCUGAUCCGUGUGCAACUGCCGUGGAUGUUGAGAGCACAGUGCCAUUGCCGAGCAACCCCUGCUUGAUUGUCCAAGGUGACAUGAUGAAGCCAACCGCAUGGAUGCUCAGCAUUGAACAGAAGGUUGUGAUGGGACCACACCACUCCUUCAGCAACGGAAUAGCUGCAAUGUUUGCAAGCUAUUAUUGCUUCAACCUGCAGUAUCCUGAGGAGGGCUCCUCCACUUUGGAGUUUAUCCAAAGGUGCUUCUUGAGCAUCAAUCCAGAGAGGGGCUCCAAAGCCAAGAAAAAGCGUGGGUUGAUGAACCCACAUGUGAGCACACUCUUGAGGAAGAUAUUGGACUUCGAAUGGAUUUCAAUGUAGGGUGAAAUGUGCCGUGACGUCAGCGUUACCAGAGAAACCAUUUUGACCAGUUUCUGAAUUACCAAAACAGUUGUGUUUUCAAAAGAUUCCUCCCUGGGAGGGGGUUUCAAAAGUUCGCGGUUUCAAGCCUGCGUUUUCUGUUUUUUUCUGUUCUGUUGUAAUUUUUCCUAUAAGUAGAAAUGGGUCUGGGUUGUUAUUGGUU